AUGUCUGACUUCGAAUGGGCUCAGUCUGUGCUGGAUGCUGAAGAGCGCCCUAGCUUGAGCAAUAUUGCAAAAGCACUUCAAAUUCUUGCCGAUUCCAGUGCUGACCCUGUCUUGAGAUCACGCAUGCAAGAUGUCUCAUUUCAGCAGUUUCUGUCAUUAUUUUCCGGUCUUGCUGCGAGUAGCGAGCAAGAAUCGUCAGAUCCGACGCUAUGGAGAAAUCUGCUUCGCUGUAUCGGCAACAUGAUCGCCGACAAUGACUCUCGUAGAUCUGAAAUAGUUGCAGAUCCAACAUAUUUGAAGACCUUGAACUCAUUCUUGACGUCCACCUCGAAUUCUCCUGAGGCUCUGGCAUUGGCAGACACCACCAUCAAGGUCGUCUUUAAUUUGUGCACUGAUUACACUCCUGCUCAAGAAGAGUGCUUCACGCAAAACAUCCAUCAAUCGCUGAUCUAUUGCCUCGAUACGCGCUUUUCGAUCGACGAUGGUGUCUGGAGUCUGGCUCUGGACCUCACCUGUAUGAUCGUGGAACAUAAACAGAAAUUGAAGCCAUCGGACGAUUUCCCUGACUUCGAGAUUACUGGACCUCGAUUGCUGAAACUCCCUCUCGCGGAAGUUGAUGCAACAGCUUUUCUCGAUGCAUUGACACUUGUUGCUGCUCAUUUACUGGACAAGAAUUUCGUUCAAGCUCUCGUGAAACACAAGCAAAUCGAACAUGUCUGGAAACUGCUCAAACGUACCGAACACAGGAGGCUGAGCGACCGCGAAGCGGAAGAUGAGGAAGACUAUGAUGAAAAGCAGUACCUGCAAUUCCAGCUCGUCUUGUCACAAGGAUUGGCCGAUAUGACUGCCUUACCACUCUACAACGAGAAGUAUGACACAUCAGACGCCUUCAUUCAAUCUCUAUACUCGCAAACGAUAUCCACACCAGCAGAUCCUACAUCGCGAUCGCCUAUCGCACCGGCAGCUUGUCUGAUUCUGGGCAACCUCAUCAUAUCCGACGAGGCAGCUAUCUCGCUAGCACCUAAUGUACCCAUCAAGGAUCUCUUUUCUGAACUAAGUCGAUCUAAUGAUUCUGCCUUCCUCAAUGCUGCGUCAGGACUGCUACGCCAUCUUGCAACACCGAUGCAGAAUCGCGAACGCUACUUCGCGGACAACGAGUAUCUACAAUCAACUAGGCAUCUUUACACGGACAUCUCGCUAGAACAAGUUCAGAUGGGCGGUCUUGCGCUUACGCGUCAAAUGCUUGCAAACAUGAAGUCGAGAUUGGUAGCAAUACUGUCCGACGCGAACAACGACUUCCUCACCACAUUACUCACUACCUACCGAACCACCACAUCCACCUCGGUCAAACUGGAGAUGUCGAGGCUUGCUGUCAGUUUCUUGCGUACCCUGCAAGCAUCUUCGGCCACAGUUUCGGAAGUAGAGAACGGAGAAGAAGAGGCUACGAAGGCGUUGUUCGACACACCAGUAAACACAUCCUCGAUUCUCGACCCGCUCAUCUUCAGUAUCAAGCACGCAGCUGAACCAGGUCUCAUCGCCAUCCAAGCAGAAGCAUGGCUAGGCUUGAAUCUCGCUGCUCGUCUUCCUAACGGUGCAAGCAAAGUCGGCAAUGCUUUCUCCGAGGAUGAAGCCCUGUUCACACUGUUCAGCCCAAGACUGGGUGGGCAGAUAUCUGAAGGAGCAGAUGGUGAACAGCCCAAGGACUCACGUCCCGAAUGGCUGAAGGAAAAGGAAAGGGAUAAUGCUGUUCUUCUGGCUGCUGAGCUGAUGAAGGCUGAGGACGUGGAUGAGAGCGUCAAGGAGAAGUUCAGCACGGCGUUGCGCAACAGAGAGAUUCGCAUAGGAUAG